AUGAUUAUUAUGCUUGAAUUUUUUAAUUACGUAGAUGAACGGGAAAAAGUUAAAAUAAUAACAAAUUUAGAAGAUGUUGAAACAAAAUCAAAUACAUUAUACAUAAGACUUAUGGAAACAAAUACAAUAUGGCUUCUUUCAAUUGAUACGUCAUUUAGUGAAUGUGAUGUGGAAGAUGGUAAAAGAAUACAAAAGAAAAACGAUGAUUAUAUUGCGAAAAAGAAUAAUGAAGAAAUAAUAAGAAAACGUUGGUCGGCCGAAACUCAAACGCCUAAAAAUAUGGAAAAAUCACAGGGAGUUGUAACAGAUGAAAUUAUUAUUAACGAUGCAAAUAUUUUUGCAUCAGAAUGGGAUUUAUAUGAUACAUAUAAAGGAUUAUCACAUUUAAAUGAUGAUGAGACUUUGAUGGCCAAUUUUAAAAAUGAUAAUGAUAAAAAUUCAUACGUUCAGGAUUUAUUGGCGGUAGGAUAUGGAAAUUAUAAUUUUUUAAAAGUAACUUCCGGUUUGGUUUGUCUAUGGUCACCGAAAAACCCGCGACAACCGGAAAGAGAAUUUUAUAUCGAUGAAGCCGUUACGACAAUUAAUUAUUCAAAAACAAAACCAAAUAUUUUAGCUGUCGGUACGAAAAAAGGAAAAAUAUAUGUUUUAAAUGUUGCAGAACAUGAUGGAAAUUUAAGAUUACUAAGAAACGAUAAUCAACCACGUCCUGAACCAAUAUGGAAAGUCGAAUGGUUUCAAUAUAAAUAUUUAACAAAUGAAAAAGAAAAACUUUUAGCCGUUGGUGAAAGUGGUGUUCUCAUGCUUUUUUCAUUUAAUUUUGAUGAAACGGCAAAAGAAAUGUUAAAAAUGAAUUAUGUAAUGGUGGAUGAAAAUUUUCUCAAUUGUAAAUAUAGUAAAAAAGAAUUAAGACAACAGAUACGAAAACAAGGGCGACCACUCGAAGAAUUUAGUUAUUAUAAAAAAACAUAUUCAGGACUUUGUUUUACAAUAUUUAAUGAUAGAAAUGAUUGUUACAUAUCUACCAAAGAAGGCUGCAGUUUAAUAAAUCCUUCCAUGAAUGAUGGAAUAUAUCCAGGUCAUGAUGGUUCUAUUUAUACAAUUUCUCAUUCUCCAGUAUCUGAUUUGAUAUAUCUAACAUGUGGAGCUGAUUGGAGUAUAAAAAUAUGGAUGGAUGGAAUAACAAAACCACUUUUUACACUUCAACAAAAGGCACCUGUACGAUGUGCAACAUGGUCACCAACCAUUCCAACAAUGAUAGCAUCAAUCGGAGAUGCUCAACUUAAUUUGUGGGAUAUAUCAAUGAAUAUAAUAUCACCUGUUUCUUGUAAAAAUUUUCAAGAGUGCACGAAACCAUUGUCAAAAGUUAUUUUUUUUCCUAACGGACGGAAUAUGGCUGUCGGUGGUGAAGAUGGAAUUGUUCGAGUCGUUAAUUUAUCUCAAUUACCGAGAACUCCAUUUUUACAGGUAAGUUUUUUUACUUAUUUAUUUAUUUAA